GGCUGUGUUUACCAGCCUCUCAUGUUAGACCUUUUGUACAGACCGUCAGGGUGAUGCAGACUUGUCCCCACUGUUGCUGGUUUCCAGGUGUUCUGCCUUGCAUCCCUGGGCCAUCAUGUGUACCUGCUAUGCUGCCAAGGGGCAGCCACAGUGCUGCGCCUCCCCCUCCUCCUCCUCUUCCUCCGCCAUCACCACCACCUUCCUCUAUUGCACCCCCUUCCACAUCCCAAGCAUCCUGUUCUACUGACCCCAAGCUCAGCCUUUCACCCUCAACAUCUGAGGCUUAUCAAGAGGGCAGUCUUCAAAAGCUACUAAAAAUGAAUGGCUCUGAGGAUCUUCCCGGGACCUACGACUAUGAUCUCAUCAUCAUCGGAGGGGGCUCAGGAGGACUGGCAGCUGCUAAGGAGGCAGCCAAAUAUAACAAGAAGGUGAUGGUCCUGGAUUUUGUCACUCCAACUCCUCUUGGAACUAAAUGGGGUCUCGGAGGAACAUGUGUGAAUGUGGGAUGCAUACCGAAGAAGCUGAUGCACCAAGCAGCUUUGUUAGGACAAGCCGUGCGAGACUCUCGGAACUAUGGAUGGAAUGUUGAGGAGAAAGUUGGACAUGACUGGGGGAAAAUGACAGAAGCUGUGCAGAAUCACAUUGGCUCUCUGAACUGGGGCUACCGCGUGGCUCUGCGGGAGAAGAAAGUCACCUAUGAGAAUGCAUAUGGGCAGUUUGUGGGGCCUCAUAGGAUUAAGACAACGAAUAACAAAGGCAAAGAAAAAAUUUAUUCAGCAGAGAGAUUUCUCAUUGCUACCGGUGAAAGGCCACGUUACUUGGGCAUCCCUGGUGACAGAGAAUACUGCAUCAGCAGUGAUGAUCUUUUCUCCUUAUCUUACUGCCCGGGCAAGACCCUGGUGGUCGGAGCAUCCUAUGUCGCUUUAGAAUGUGCUGGGUUUCUUGCUGGCAUUGGUUUAGAUGUCACUGUUAUGGUACGAUCCAUUCUCCUUAGAGGAUUUGACCAGGACAUGGCCAACAAAAUUGGUGAACACAUGCAAGAACAUGGUGUCAAGUUUAUAAAACAAUUUGUACCAAUAAAGGUUGAACAAAUUGAAGCAGGGGCACCAGGCCGACUCAAGGUGGUAGCUAAGUCCACCAAUAGUGACAAAAUCAUCGAAGGAGAGUACAAUACGGUAUUGCUGGCAAUAGGAAGAGAUGCUUGCACAAGAAAAAUUGGCUUAGAAGCCGUGGGUGUAAAGAUAAAUGAAAAGAACGGAAAAAUACCUGUCACGGAUGAAGAGCAGACCAAUGUGCCUUACAUUUAUGCCAUUGGCGAUAUUCUGGAGGGGAAGCCGGAGCUCACCCCUGUAGCCAUCCAGGCGGGAAGGUUGCUGGCUCAGAGGCUCUACGCUGGCUCCACUGUCAAGUGUGACUAUGAAAAUGUUCCAACAACUGUAUUUACUCCUUUGGAAUAUGGUGCUUGUGGUCUUUCUGAAGAAAAAGCUGUGGAAAAAUUUGGGGAAGAAAAUAUUGAGGUUUACCAUAGUUACUUUUGGCCAUUGGAAUGGACGGUUCCAUCAAGAGAUAGCAACAAGUGCUACGCAAAAAUAGUCUGUAAUAUGAAAGACAGUGAACGUGUUGUGGGCUUCCACAUACUGGGUCCAAACGCUGGAGAAGUUACACAAGGCUUUGCAGCCGCGCUCAAGUGUGGACUGACCAAGCAGCAGCUGGACAGCACCAUUGGGAUCCACCCCGUCUGCGCAGAGGUAUUCACGACUCUGUCGGUGACCAAGCGCUCCGGGGGGAGCAUCCUGCAGGCUGGCUGCUGAGGUUAAGCCCCAGUGUGGAUGCUGCUGCCAAGACUCCAAACCACCGAGGUGUUUCCUUGCCCAAGUCCAAGGUGAAGUUUUCAGGAAGCUUCUUUGGCUUCAACACCUAUGUGUCCUGGGCCUGAAUCACCCGAGGCACCCUUGGAUCUUAUGGGUAGGAGGUGGUGAGUGGAAGGCGGGCAGCAUCACACUGGGGUCACCAUGACGGACUCGAAACUGACCUUCGGCAGUGCAUCGUAGGGUGCGUCCAUGAAGUCACUGGCCUGAAGCCCCCGCGGUGGGCCGUGAUGGAACUACUGGCGAAGCAGUUUUAGCAAGACUCUUUCUGUGGGUUUCUUAUCCUCUUUGCCAAACUUCUGUUGUUGAUUACUGUUUUCUAUUUUCUCCAAGGUGUUAAUGAUACUAGAGAUGAAAAAAAAUGUUAGCGCUCGAUUUUUUCCAAAGCAAGUCUUGGCUCGAGUAUGCUCAUGGCUGCCUUGUUGCUUGGGAGGUAUGGUUUGGCUCACUUGGAGGCUGAUAGGCUCGUCCCAUGAUCCAGAACUGCCCUGGGGCUCAAAUGUUCUGUUCUACUCGACUGACCUGUUCAGUGUCUCCCCUAACAAGUUACAUGUUCAAGCAAGUAAAUGUGUGGUCGGCUCUGGCCAAAUCUGCCCCCUAUGUUCCAUCACUAGUUACUGUUU